AUGUGUAGUAGUAGUAGUAGUAGUAAUAUUAAUGGUGAUGAUGAUAAAGAAGAAGCUUCAGUGAUUGAGCCUCCUCCUCCUCCUCCUCCUCCUCCUCCUCCUCAAACUCAAACUGCUGAUGAUCAAGUCCUCACUCUCACCAAGAAAACCCAAAUGGAUAACUUCAGGGACGUGACAAAAGGUAAAGCCAAGAAACAACGAAAGAAUAAUAAAUGGAAUUCUACGAAUAAGAAGAAAUAUAUUAUUAUUGAAGCAGCUGGGAGGACCCCAACAGACUACAUUCAUGUAAGAGCAAGGAGAGGCCAAGCAACAGACAGUCAUAGCCUUGCAGAAAGGGUAAGAAGAGAGAAAAUUAGUAUGAAGAUGAAGCAGUUGCAAGCUCUUGUUCCUGGUUCUGACCAGAUAAACGGCAAGGCUCUUGUGUUGGAUGCAAUAAUCGACUACGUCCAAUCCCUACAGAAUCAGGUUCAGGAGAAUCAUUAA